AUGGCUCUUCUCGCUUCUUCCAAACCGAGGCCAGCCUCGACAGGUUGCAUGGCUGCGCAGGCCACCGGCAGAUUAAGACGUCAGCAGAACGCCGCAAAUCGAUGCGGCGCAACUCAAGCGGAACCGAUCUGCUCCGACCACGUGAUGGAUCCCGCGAUUAUCCGGUUCGCGAGUGAUGCUGUAGGCCGAUGGCUGUCGCAUCGAGGCUCCGACAACUCGUCGUCCCUUCGAGUCACUUUUCAUACAGCGACCAUCCAUCUGUCGUGCCAGCCAUUCGCCCAUUCUGCAUUUGAUCCAAUGAGAAGCCAGUUUGAUCAGCCGAUCAACCGCUUCCGAUGGCCUCUCAUACGGGCCGAUGAUCGUGUCGCCUGGGCCCCGUAUUCUGCAUCAUCAGCUCGUCUACCCACUCACCGGCUGGCCAUUGUAGCCGAAUAA